AGCUAACACAUACACACACAGAGCACAGACUAGGAGAAAUUUUUGUAAGUAACACACAGGCAAACUACUACAGUCUAGAAUAUACCAAGGACCACUGCAAAUCAUGAGAAAAAAGGUACGCUUGUAUGCAAGACCCGAUGCUAUCAGAAGAGGAUCCGGGGACUAUGCGCUCCAUAUAGCAAAGAGAUUAAUAGAAUUUUAUGAAGACUACUUUAAAGUGCCCUAUUCCUUGCCAAAACUAGAUCUUUUAGCUGUGCCUAAGCAUCCAUACGCUGCUAUGGAGAACUGGGGACUGAGUAUUUUUGUGGAACAAAGGAUACUGCUGGAUCCCAGUGUUUCGUCUAUUUCUUAUUUGCUGGAUGUCACCAUGGUCAUUGUUCAUGAGAUAUGUCACCAGUGGUUUGGUGACCUCGUGACCCCCGUGUGGUGGGAAGACGUGUGGCUGAAGGAAGGCUUUGCCCACUACUUUGAGUUCGUUGGUACAGACUACCUCUAUCCUGGCUGGAACAUGGAAAAACAGAGGUUUCUGACGGAUGUUCUACAUGAAGUGAUGCUGCUUGACGGCUUAGCCAGUUCCCAUCCAGUAUCACAGGAAGUGCUACGGGCAACAGAUAUUGACAGGGUGUUUGACUGGAUCGCAUAUAAAAAGGGUGCUGCUUUAAUUAGAAUGCUGGCUAAUUUUAUGGGCCAUUCAGUAUUUCAAAAGGGUUUGCAAGAUUACUUAACUAUUCAUAAGUAUGGCAAUGCAGCCAGGAAUGAUCUCUGGAAUACACUAUCAGAGGCUUUAAAAAGGAAUGGAAAAUACGUAAAUAUACAAGAAGUAAUGGAUCAGUGGACUCUCCAGAUGGGUUAUCCCGUUAUCACCAUCUUGGGAAAUACAACAACUGAAAAUAGAAUAAUAAUUACCCAGCAGCAUUUUAUUUAUGAUAUCAGUGCUAAAACUAAAGCACAUGAACCUCAAAAUAACAGUUACCUGUGGCAGAUUCCAUUAACUAUUGUGGUAGGAAAUAGAAGCCAUGUGUCUUCAGAAGCAAUUAUUUGGGUGUCUAACAAAUCAGAACACCAUAGGAUAACUUUGGACAAAGGAAGCUGGUUGCUGGGGAACAUCAAUCAAACUGGCUAUUUUAGAGUCAACUAUGAUUUAAGGAACUGGAGAUUAUUAAUUGAUCAAUUAAUCAGGAAUCAUGAGCUUCUCUCUGUCAGCAACCGAGCAGGUUUGAUCGACGAUGCCUUCAGCCUAGCCAGAGCUGGGUAUUUGCCUCAGAAUAUUCCCCUGGAGAUUAUCAGAUACCUGUCUGAGGAAAAGGAUUUUCUUCCUUGGCAUGCUACCAGCAGAGCUCUUUAUCCUCUAGAUAAAUUACUGGACCGCAUGGAGAAAUACAACGUCUUCAAUGAAUAUAUUUUAAAGCAAGUUGCAACAACGUACAUCAAGCUUGGUUGGCCAAAAAACAAUUUUAAUGGAUCUCUUGUCCAAGCGUCCUACCAGCAUGAAGAACUACGUAGAGAAGUUAUAAUGCUGGCAUGUAGUUUUGGCAACAAACACUGUCACCAACAAGCAUCAACACUUAUUUCAGAUUGGAUUUCCAGCAACAGGAACAGAAUACCACUAAAUGUUAGAGACAUCGUCUACUGUACAGGAGUUUCACUACUGGAUGAGGAUGUCUGGGAAUUCAUAUGGAUGAAAUUCCACUCUACCACGGCCAUUUCUGAAAAGAAAAUAUUAUUGGAAGCCUUAACUUGCAGUGAUGACAGGAAUUUAUUAAAUAGGCUUCUAAAUCUAUCACUGAAUUCUGAGGUGGUUCUGGAUCAAGAUGCAAUUGAUGUGAUAAUCCAUGUAGCUCGAAAUCCACAUGGCCGAGACCUUGCCUGGAAGUUUUUUAGAGAUAAAUGGAAGAUAUUAAAUACCAGGUAUGGAGAAGCAUUAUUUAUGAAUUCCAAACUUAUCAGUGGUGUUACAGAAUUUCUUAAUACUGAAGGUGAACUGAAAGAGCUAAAGAACUUCAUAAAGAGCUAUGACGGAGUAGCUGCUGCCUCUUUCUCAAGAGCUGUGGAAACUGUUGAAGCCAAUGUACGCUGGAAAAUGCUUUAUCAGGAUGAGCUUUUCCAGUGGUUAGGAAAAGCUCUGAGACAUUAAUAUGUGUCUCUUAUAAACAGUUCAACUCAGAAUUUUGUGAGAAGACCUGCUUUGGAGUGAGGAAUGUGGCCAGAUUUUCAGUGUUAACAUGUGGGAGGAAAUUUUUUUUUUUAAUUUUAGGAAAUUUUUUUUGUUUUAUUCAUUCUGUUUUGUUUCUCUACUGGGUGUUCUCUUAAGAAACUCUUGCAAGUGGAUCUAGCCAUGACUGCUUCUGCUGUACAUUCCUCGCCGUACAGGACCAAAUGUGACAGUGGUGCAUGUUGACGUUGCAGUCAGUACGGAAAACAUAUUCAGAAAAUGUGCAUGGUUGUAUGGUCCUGCCUGUGUUCCAGCAUGCUUAUUUAAAAUGUCCAAUGUUGUAUGUGAAUCUGUGUUACAUCUGGGAUGGGCAUUAUACAAAAGCACAAAGAUUAUCUAUGACAAUCAGUGUUGCAACAAAAGAAAAACUAGAACAGGGAGUUAUCGUCGUAGUCCUGGGCAAUGUGAGAGGUGAAAUCACCCUUUGAUUGGUGUCAUGUAUUUCAGCACUUGAUUGUCUUGCAAUGAUUAUUGUGUUACUAACUCAUUUUCUUUGAGUUAAAGCUGUGUAUAUGUUUUUAAAAAGGCAUAUAGAUACUGUGUGCAUAUGUAUAUGUGCAUAGGGAAGCCCAAUAUGUAUAUAGUAUGCUAUACACUGCACUUGUGCAAAAACUUCACCUCAAAGAAAAUUUAUCUCUUUUUAUAAACUUAUGCAAACUUUGAAAAUGCUUCAAAGAAUUUAUCUCAGUACUAUCCUUCCUGACAAUGUCCUGAUAAAUUUCUCACCUGUUACAGAUUUUUUUCAUCUAUUUCCUGAAUAGUCUAUUCUACUAUAUAAAAAUGAACUAAAAAAUAUUUUAUGUACAGACACUCUUCUAAUUUUCCUAAGUGGCAGCCUCAUCUCAUAAAUAUAGAUUCUGUCAUCACUUUAGGCAAACUUCCUUAUGGAUAAGUAGUUGUGCACACUUAAUGAUUAUCAGUGCUGAGAAAGUGUUUCUCUGUCAUCUUGUUUGUUUUCCCACUUUUUUCACGUUGGGUGGGUCCAGAGAGUGAAACACUCUCUCCGUGUAUUGAUCUUUGGGUCUGUGUGAAUCUAAUCCCCCAUCAAGCAACCCUACUUCAGGUGGAUUUUAAUGAUCUUUGAUGCCAGUUGUUCCAUCCAUUAUGAUGAAAAGUUUCUUUUCUUGAGCAAAGCUCGUCCUUUGGCAUUGACGACUCUGUUCUAACUGGGAGUUUUGAAUAGUCUUUUCCCGAUUGUGUAUUAUGUAACACAAGUGUUUUUAAAUGCACUCUCACCCAGUAGGCCAGCUCUCCAAGCACUGCUUAGAUGCUCAAAAAUGAACAUAUUUUAAGUUUACCAUUAUGAAAUGCCAAUACAACUAAUCGCAUAUAAGCCAAAUGUUUGUGGACCACUUUAUGUUUUCCUGAGGUUUUUCCACUUCUCCAGAUCUUCUUGCAAAUCAUUGAAGGAAAUAUUUUCUAGCUCCAAUAGUCACUGAACACUGGGGAGAGGAAAGUAGGCAUUUUAGAAACCGGAGCCAUACAUUUAUUAUAAGUUUGUAGUAAAAAGGAACAAUUUCCUAAUCCAUAGAACAAGUAUCAUCUAAAGUUGAAAUUUAUCUUUUUAGCAAUUAAUUGCUAUUACUCAUAUCUAUUUUUUUCAGCACUUCAAUUGAUAUAUGAAUUUUAAAUACUCUAUGUGUUGUUAAUAAGACAUACUAUUGCUUAAUAUAAAAUCUAAAAGUCAUCCCAUCUAUCUGAAGUGAUGAAAUUUAACUAGUACAUAUCACAUGUAUGUGAAAUCUUUAAGGGGUAAGUUCUGAAACAUAACAAUUAUAAAUAUCACUGUCAUGCAGGCUCAAAAUAUGUACUAUAUCACCACUGGAUUCAUUUUGAUAGAAAAGAUAAAAAAUUAGAGGUGGCUGUCUUGUUUUGUGUUGUGAAUUACUGAAAAUUCUUGGUAGUUGUGCCAUUCUUUUGAGUGAAAUCACCCUUUCCAGCUUUGAGUUACAAGGGGUUUUAUAGUUCUGUUUUCCUCUGCACUGUUAAUAAUUUUUAUCCUCUUUCAGUAUUUUAGUGGCCUUGAACAAAUGGUUUAGCUACAAUGUCAAAUCUUAAGUGUAUAAUUAUGUGCAAUGUUCAAUACCUCAUACUUGUUCAACAGUAUAGUGAUAUCAAUGGCAUUGAGAUGGAAUUUUUGUUCUACAUAUUUUUCAAUAAUUUAUCCUUUCCAGUGUUGAAGAUUAUAUGAAGCUUUAACCUUUUUUAGUUGUUUAAAUGAGUAAUAUUUUCAAAAUAAUAAAAUGACCAAUGAUAUCUCUUGGAAUAUUCUGUAAAA